AAGUUUGUAACACCUCAACUUGCGCACGCUGAAUGUUUGCACUCCGUGGCUGAAAAGUUAUGUGUUUUCGGGACUGGAAAUAAACAUCGAUCUCGGCCUCAAGCGAGACAGCAUGGCUUCCCCCGGAGACCGGAGAGACGGCGGUGUCCAGCCACCGCGGCUGAAGAAGCGCUUGGCGCAGGUGUCGUGCCUGCCGUUCAGCGUGGAGGCGCUCAUGUCGGACAGGAGGCCGCUGAAGGCGACGGACAGAAGGGAGGGAAGUUACACUGUGACCGAUCACCAGGCGCACAGGCCGGAAGAGUUCACCAGACACUUAGUACCCAUCAAAUCAGAGCCAUCGGAACGAGGGGACUGUGCGUCCUGGAUACCCAGCCCCGUUAAGAUGUCAACACCGCCCCGACAGCUCAGUCCAGCAGUCUGCCCCUUGAGAAAGCACAAAACCAACCGUAAGCCUCGCACUCCCUUCACCACCACGCAGCUCCUGGCCCUGGAGAGAAAGUUCCGUCAGAAGCAGUACCUGUCCAUUGCCGAGCGGGCCGAGUUCUCCUCCUCCCUGUCGCUGUCCGAGACGCAGGUCAAGAUCUGGUUCCAAAACCGGCGAGCUAAAGCCAAGAGGCUUCAGGAGGCCGAGGUGGAGAAACUCAAAGUAGCGGCUGGCAUCGGGCCCAAAGCUGUGUUCCACCCAGGCAUCUCAUCCUUCGGUUUCCCCCUCAGUAUUAACCUGCAGGCUGGAUCUGCAGCGCUCUACGGACUGGGCUGCUCGUACGGCCGCAGCCCCAUUCUCCCUGCUGCACAUCUGGCCAUGUACGCCUCGCAGGUUGGCCACAGCCUGUUCCACCUCUCCUGAGAGGAAGCAGCAUUGCACAGACAAAGUGCUGUGGAUCUGAGGACAAGAGUGUAUCAUGAAGUCUUGCACCUUAUAAAAGACCUGAGUGAGGACCUAAAGUGGAGCUGAAGCUUCAUGAUCUUCACUGGUCUCAAGUUCCAAAGAGAAUUUCUGAAAGUCCUUUUACUUUUCACAAGAGAGGCACGAGGAUACAGCAUCUCAAAGAUCCUUCUUUGGUGUUUACCAAUGCUGAUUCAGCAGAGGUCACUGAUCAUGAAUGGAAUAUUGAUCAGGCCCCAUGUGUCUGAUUAUUGGCCUGAAUACCCGAUUGCAUGUAUUGUAGCCUUUUUGACUUGUUUCUUUCUCUUCUAAUAGUUUAAUAUUUAUGGCAUUUGGACUAUUUUUUUUCACUUGUAGCCUUGAAUAUGCAGGGCUGUUUUAUAUUCUACUCCCCUAAAAAUAAUAAGAGGCUGCUGUUGGAGACAUUCUGGCCUGAUGAAGUGCAUGUUUGCUUAAAAGCCAAAGCAUUCCCGAAUGACGCAUAUUUAUUUAUUAUAGCCCUUAGAUUGAUAUAUUUCAUGAUCCAUAUCUACAUUUUUAAAAGGUAAUAUUUUAUGUCU